UGUUGUAGCCACAGCACAUUUUCUCUCUCCGUCUCUUUCUCUCUCUUUCAUUCUCUGUUUUUUUUCCUCUCUCGUUGCUCCAAAAAUGGCGAAGCUUCCCUGAUCUAUGUAUGUGUAAAGGUUCAAACUUGUUCAAACCAUAUACGGGUCACCAUUUUCCCCAAUUAACCGGUUGAAUCAAACGGAUUUCACCGGUUUAGAAACAAUUUUCGAUCUCAUAACACUGCUAACAGAAACAUUUGUGGUACGAGGAUUCUGUAAUUUUUCUUGUUGGGCUGUUUUUCUGGUUUGACUCUAUUUGAACUGAAACAAAAGUUUUCUGCAUCUUCUGGUGUUGUUAUGGAUGGAGAUAAUGGCCUUAACAUAACCAAUUGGGGCUACUAUGAACCGGUUUCAUCUUUUAAGAGUCAUCUUGGGUUACAACUAAUGCCAUCGAUGCCAGAAAAGCCUCUGCUUGGAGGACGCAAUGCUGCGGUUUUGUCGGGUUCUAACGGCGCAUUUCACCAUAGGGACAUUGGGUUGCCCCAAACUACAUACCCUAUGGAUUAUAUGAGGGAUGCGUGGUUUAGUAGUCAGAGAGAUAAUAAGUAUAUGAACAUGAAUAUGAUACCUACUAACCCUCCGAGUUAUAGUAGUAUGCCCGAGGCAUCUUCAGCUCAUCAUAUUCAAAUGAUUCGACCACCUGAGUUGGUUAAGGAAGAGAAGCCGAUGGAGGAGGUACCUGUGGUUGAGAAGUCGAACGGAAACGGUAAGAAGAGGCAGGGUUCGAAGGUGCCUAAAUCUCCCAAGGCAAAGAAGCCGAAGAGAGGACCCCGCGUACCAAAGGAUGAGAAUACUCCUUCGGUUCAACGGACACCUAGGGCUCCAAAGAAAACUACGGAAAUUGCAAUUAACGGUAUUGAUUUGGAUAUUUCAAGUAUUCCGAUUCCUGUUUGUUCAUGCACUGGAGCACCUCAACAGUGUUACAGAUGGGGCUCGGGUGGGUGGCAAUCUGCAUGUUGCACGACAGCCAUAUCGAUAUAUCCUUUGCCUAUGAGUACUAAACGGCGUGGUGCUAGAAUAGCCGGAAGGAAAAUGAGUAUAGGAGCAUUUAAGAAAGUUUUAGAGAAACUUGCGGCUGAGGGAUAUAACUUUUCUAAUCCAAUUGAUUUGAGGACUUACUGGGCAAAACAUGGCACCAACAAGUUUGUUACAAUCAGGUAGGUCUAUAUUUCAAUUGUCAAAUGGCCUCUGAUUCUAUUCAACCUGUUUGUCAUGUAUAUAUGUGUAUUUUGCCAGAAACUGAGGCUUCUUAGAUGUUUUGUAGUAGGAGAAUUUUCAAAGUCAUUAGACUUUUCCUUUUUCCCGUCUAACAAUUUGCAAUGUUGUUUCGCUUCUUUGGCUUUAGUACAUGGGAAUUCAAUCUCUUGGUUGGUUGGUUU